AUGGCGGCGGGCUCGGACCUGCUGGACGAGGUGUUCUUCAACAGCGAGGUGGACGAGAAGGUGGUGAGCGACCUGGUGGGCUCGCUCGAGUCGCAGCUGGCCGCCGCGCACCCGCACCCCGCGGCCCGCGCGCCCGAGCCCGCCGCCGCCGCCGCCGCCGCCGCCGGCCCCAACCCCGGCGCCAACCCCAACGCGCUCGCCAACCAUGUCGGGGCCGCCGUGACGACGGCCCAGGGCGCGCCCGCCGCCGCCCCGGAGCCGCCCCCCGCAGGUAAAGAGCCCGGGCCCGAUCGCCGCGGGCCCGCCGGCGGGCGCCCUCCGGGCCCGCGUCCUCACGCUCACGCCGCCUCUCGGCUUGUCCCCGCAGGGCCCGCCGCGAAGCUCAGCGCCCUCGACGCCGCCGCCGCCACGGGCACCGCGACGCCGACGCCGACGACCGCAGCGCCCGCCGCGGCCUCCUCCUGCUCCUCCUCCUCCUCCUCCGAGCCCGCAGCCGCGUCCAAACCCGCCGCCGUCUCCGUCUCCGUCCCCGUCCCCGUCUCCGUCUCCGUCUCCGUCCCCGCCGCCGCCGCCGCCUCCUCGGCGCACACGCUGAACGGCAGCGCCGUGCUGGUGAACUCGCACCGCACCGCCGCCGUGGUCGCCGCACCUGCCGCCAGCCUGCUGCUGCACAACGGGCCCGCGCCGCCCAAGCCCACCCCCGCCGCCGCCGCCCCGGCCUGCACCGCCACUGUCAUCCAGACGCCGCCCUUCGCGGCGCCCCCCGCGCCCCGCGCACCCUCGCCCCCCGCGCCCAACGCCAACGCCGCGCCCCCCGCGCCCAGCAACGCCGCCCAAGCCGCCCCGCCGCCGCCGCCCAAGCCGCCCGCCGCCGCCAGCUUGGCCCGGCCGCCCGGCCACCCCGCCGUAGCCGCCGCCGCAGCAGCAGCCUCCGCGGCGCAGCAGAACGGCGGCCCCGCCGCUGUCACUGUCACCGCCGCUGUCACUGUCACCGCCCCGGCCCCGGUUCCGGCUCCGGCUCCGGCUCCCGUCCCGGCCGCACCCGCCGCCGCCGCGGCCGCCACCGUUGUUGUCAACAGUCAGCCCGGCCCGGCCGCCGCCCCGCCCGCGCAGGGCGCCAAGGCGGAGUCGCCCAAGACCGUGCCGGUGGCGCCCCCGCAGACCCUCGCCGCGGGAGCCGGGCCCAGCAUGCUCCUAGGACCCGCCACGGCGGCCGCCCCCGCCGCCCCAGGCCUCCCGCAGCAGCCCGCGCCGCCCGGCACCCCCACCGGGCUGCCCAAAGGCCCCGCCUGCACCGUGACCCCCAGCCUGUCCCGGACGCCCCCGGCUGCCACCGCCGCCGCUGCUGCCGCGGCCGCCGGCGGGAUCCGGGCCACGCUCACGCCCACCGUCCUCGCCCCGCGCCUGCCGCAGCCGCCGCAGAACCCCACCAACAUCCAGAACUUUCAGCUGCCGCCCGGUAUGGUCCUCGUGCGAAGUGAGAAUGGGCAGCUGCUAAUGAUCCCUCAGCAGGCGUUGGCCCAGAUGCAGGCCCAUGCUCAGGCCCAGCCGCAGACCCCCAUGGCACCCCGCCCUGCGACCCCUACCAGUGCUCCCCCUGUGCAGAUCUCCACGGUGCAGGCACCUGGGACCCCCAUCAUCGCUCGUCAGGUGACCCCCACUACCAUCAUCAAGCAAGUGUCUCAGGCUCCGACGACGACGGUGCAGCCCACUGCAGCACUGCAGCGCUCCCCCGGUGUGCAGCCUCAGCUGGUCCUGGGUGGCGCGGCUCAGACCACAGCACUGGCCACGGCAUCAGCUGUUCAGACGGGGACCCCUCAGCGAGCAGUGCCAGGGGCCACCACCACCUCUGCGGCUGCCACAGAAACAAUGGAGAAUGUGAAGAAAUGCAAGAACUUCCUCUCGACGCUGAUCAAGCUGGCCUCGUCGGGCAAACAGUCUACAGAGACGGCCGCCAAUGUGAAGGAGCUUGUCCAGAACUUACUGGACGGGAAGAUCGAAGCUGAGGAUUUCACGAGUAGGUUAUACCGGGAACUUAAUUCUUCACCUCAACCUUACCUUGUGCCUUUUCUGAAGAGGAGCUUGCCCGCCUUGAGACAGCUGACGCCCGACUCCGCAGCCUUCAUCCAGCAGAGCCAGCAGCAGCCACCUGCCUCGCAGGCCACCACAGCACUCACGGCCGUGGUGCUGAGCAGCCCAGUCCAGCGCACGGCUGGGAAGACGGCGGCCACCGUGACCAGUGCCCUGCAGCCGCCCGUCAUUAGCCUCACGCAGCCCACACAGGUUGGCAUUGGCCAGGGUUCUCAGCCUUCCCCCUCCGUGAUCCAACAGCCGCCCAAGCCAGGGACGCUGCUCCGGCCCCCACAGGUGACCUUGACGCAGACGCCCAUGGUUGCGCUCAGGCAGCCUCACAACCGCAUUGUGCUCACCACACCCCAGCAUAUCCAACUGAACCAGCUGCAGCCAGUCCCUGUGGUGAAACCUGCUGUGCUGCCUGGAACCAAAGCUCUAUCCACUGUCUCGGCACAGGCAGCAGCCGUGCAGAAGAACAGACUCAAGGAACCUGGUGGAGGCUCUUUCCGGGAUGAUGACGACAUCAACGACGUGGCAUCCAUGGCGGGGGUGAACCUGUCGGAGGAGAGUGCCCGGAUCUUGGCCACCAACUCGGAGCUGGUGGGCACUCUGACGCGCUCGUGCAAGGACGAGACGUUCCUGCUGCCGGCACCACUGCAGAGACGCAUCUUGGAGAUCGGUAAGAAGCACGGCAUCACGGAGCUGCACCCUGACGUGGUCAGCUACGUGUCACAUGCCACACAGCAGCGACUCCAGAACCUCGUGGAGAAGGUCUCAGAGACGGCACAGCAGAAGAACUUCUCCUACAAGGAUGAUGACCGGUACGAGCAGGCCAGUGACGUCCGGGCUCAGCUCAAGUUCUUUGAACAGCUCGACCAGAUUGAGAAGCAGAGAAAGGAUGAGCAGGAACGGGAGAUUCUGAUGCGGGCGGCCAAGUCUCGAUCCAGACAAGAAGAUCCAGAGCAGUUACGGUUGAAACAGAAAGCCAAGGAAAUGCAGCAACAGGAGCUGGCACAGAUGCGGCAACGCGAUGCCAACCUCACAGCACUGGCAGCCAUUGGGCCUAGGAAGAAGAGGAAAGUGGAUUCCCCGGGCCCAGGCCCGGGCACAGAGGGCUCGGGCCCCGGCUCCGCAGUCCCAGGCAGCUCCGGUGUUGGAACCCCCAGGCAAUUUACGCGACAGCGGAUCACGCGGGUCAACCUCAGGGACCUCAUAUUUUGUUUAGAAAACGAGCGAGAGACAAGCCAUUCGCUGCUGCUCUACAAAGCUUUCCUCAAGUAGCCCAGCGGCCGGCCCCGCGCACCCGGGACGCUUUUCUAUAUUUGCAGAUCACGCGUUUUUGUAACGAGCAAACGGGAUCUGGUUUCCAACUGCCACCUCUUUGCAAUGGGACAGUUUUCUAUUCCUGUUUCGGAAUUAGCUCUUCAGUACAGACGAACACGCGCUUCUGCUACAGAGGCCGGGGCCCUCGCAGGGGACAGCGAGCCCGAACUCAUCUUUGAUUGCGUGGCCUUCUUGCCAAACAAGCCAUAUAUAGACCGAUGGAAUCGUCUAGCAAAUAACCCGAGACCCUCUGUCAUCUCGUAGUAGUCUGACCUGAUUUGUGUGUUUUGGUUAUGUUCUGACCCCUCUUAGUUUACUGCAUAGGCUGUGCCUGCAGCCCGUGACCUCAUGUCAUUUAUUUUAUUUUUGUACUAAGUCAGUUGGCCAAGCGAACUGAUUUUUAGAGUAUUUAUCUCCCCCUUUGUUUUGAAUUCCGAGGACCCGCCUCUCCCCCACUGCUUCGCCUCUCCUGGGGGGCCAAGCCGGGGGCGGGGGGGCCUCUUCCGAAUGUGUCAGCCCCUGUACAAAUGCAGUUUAUUUGCUAUCGUUUGUAAAGCUGUAAAGUUAAGAGAAAUGAAAACCUUUUCAGCAUAAAUAUAUUUUACUUGCACUGUGUUUUUUAGCUAAAAGUGAAAAAUUAGAUGAAAUAAAAUCAAAGUUGAGAAGAAUCAUCAAGAGACUGUUUCUCAGUGUGAAUCAAGUGUUAGACAAUGGUUGGUGUAUUUUGUCGGUAACUGUACAUAAUUUUUGGCACAUGACAUAAGAUGGCUAUGGAACUAGAAUUAUUUUACUAAGCCUGUGGGCGAGCUGUGGGCAGCCCACAGAUGUCCAGAACAGAGCCCCUUCUUUGUACCUAUUUUUUUAUUACAAAUAUACUAAUUGGUUCUUUAUAUUUUCAGAGGUUAUUGUAUGAAAUUGUCUAUUGAUAGUACUUUUAUGACUGUAAAUAUACCUGGCUUUCUCCGUGGGUCACUCACGGGAGCUCCUCCGCGCGUGAACUGAAUGCUGAUCAGUAUUUUUUAUUGACGCCUGAAGCUGUCACACCUUUAUUUUGUCUUUUAGGAAAUCCCCGUCUUUCCAUUUUUUCAUGUAAAUUUUGCACAGUUACUUGUUCAUAUGUAAAUAUUUUACUUUCAGAAAUGAAGUUUUUAAUUGCUAUUGUUUUAUAUAGGAUUGAAAGAAAAUUAACCCUUUAUUAAAAACAAAUUUAUCUGUA